UUCCUUCCUGCUCGCCUCAGCUGAGAGGUGCGAGUGGGAAAUCCACAGCAAGCCCUGCGCUGAGUGACCUGGGGCGAGUCGCGGACCCUCUCUGAGCCUUUACACGAAGCACUGAACGAGGGAUUCCGGGAUCCCGCACUAGCAGAAACAGGAGGGCUUGGUGCGGAUGCACUUCUGCCCCAGGGAAUAAAGACUCGGUGAUCUCCACUUCUGCUCCAGGAGCCGGAUUGCCUCUUGCAGGCUCCCUGAGCAGCCUGCCAAGAUGGAAGCAUGGACCGUGCUGCUGGGCCUGCAAGUCAUGUCCCUCCCGCUCCUGACUCACUGUGCAGCCCCGACUCCCACCCUGAAAUUUGUAGCUGUGGGUGACUGGGGAGGGGUCCCCAAUGCCCCAUUCCACACAGCCCGGGAAAUGGCCAAUGCUAAAGAAAUCGCCAGAACCGUGCAGAUUCUGGGUGCUGACUUCAUCAUGUCCCUAGGGGACAACUUCUACUUCACUGGCGUGCACGAUGCCAAUGACAAGAGGUUCCAGGAAACCUUUGAGGACGUGUUCUCUGACCGCGCCCUCCGCAAUAUUCCCUGGUACGUGCUAGCUGGAAACCAUGACCACCUUGGCAAUGUCUCAGCACAAAUCGCCUACUCCAAGGUCUCCAAGCGCUGUAUUGCCACUGGGCCGCCAAAUAAGCCUUUGAGGGCUGAGAUGCAUGCUCGGUCAGGGAAGCGCUUGCUAAGCAAACACAAGGACCUGAGGUCAAGCCACAUAAUCUGCUAUCUUCAGGAUGAAAAUGGAGUGGGCUACGUGCUGAGUGGGGCCGGCAACUUCAUGGACCCCUCUGUGCGACACCAACGCAAGGUCCCCAACAACUACCUGCGCUUUCACUAUGGGUCUGAGGACUCCCUGGGUGGCUUCACAUAUGUGGAAAUAAGCCCCAAAGAAAUGACCAUCACCUACGUGGAGGCUGCUGGGAAAUCACUCUUCAAGACCAGCCUGCCCAGGCGGCGCAGACUCUGAACGCACCAUAGGGUUCCGCUUGUCCCCUGACGGCUCUGAGGCAGGAAGCCUCCGCACGCAUGGCGGGUGGGUGCUGUGAGGACCUCGCCCACCAGCAGCCUUUUCUCUGGCCCCUGGUGCUCUGGUGGAGUGGGAAGGAAAACCACAGAGGCUUACAUACAUGGAAGAAGUAUGUGCACACUGACUCACCCCACCCCACAGCCAGGCUCACCCCUGAUGUUUUGGGGGAGAGCUUUCUAGGAGUGAGGGUUUCUUCUAAAUCAAGCAUCUUAUUGUCACUGCUGUUCAAUAAAAGAAUGGUUGUUGA